AUGGAGGACCAGAUGGCCAAUCUCCAUAUCUCCGAAGAAGAUGAUGAACUUGUUCUUGAUGAUGAGAUCACUGGCGACUCUAAUGUCACAGUCGAUUUAUGUUUAGUAGGGAGGUUCCUCACCGAUCAAACGAUCAAUUUCCCUUUGAUGCGAAGUCGCCUGGCUAGUGUUUGGAGACCUGGAAAAGGAGUUUUUGUUAAGGACAUCGGGCAAGGGCGGUAUAUUUUCCAAUUUUUCCAUGAGAUCGAUCUGAUAAGAGUCUAUGAUGGCGGCCCAUGGGCGUUUGGAAAUUUUCCCCUCAUUCUCCAUCGUCUCAAAAGAGGAGAAUUUCCGUUGCAAGUUCCGUUGGAUCACCUUUCGUUUUGGGUACAAAUUCAUGAUCUGCCGGCGGGUUUUCUAACAGAAGGUGUGGGGCGUGUUUUGGGUAAUUUCAUUGGAAAGUUCUUGGAAUAUGACAGUACCAACUCUUCGGGGGUUUGGCGUCAGUAUAUGCGAGUGAGGUGCGGAAUAUGUGUUGAUGCUCCUCUUAAGAGGUUCAAGAAACUGAAGCAUAAGGAUGGUACUUCUUUCGUCGUCAAUUUCAAAUAUGAGCGGCUCAAUAUUUUUUGUUUUCUAUGUGGGCGUCUUGGGCACUCGGAGAGCUUUUGUGAAUUGAUAUUUGAUCCAAAGAUGAAGGAGAGUGAUCGGGAAUGGGGAGUUUGGUUGAAGGCAGCUGAUCGGCGUGGCCUGACUCUUGCCGGAGACAAAUGGAUCCGUGGUGAUGAAUCUGUUAUCCCAAAAGAUCCUAUCCCUCCACAAUCGAAUAAGCUGGUGCUGAGAGAUACGACCAAUGAAUACAGUGAUCACGAUACUAUGAUGAUUGAUAAUCCUUCUGCUGAUUCCCUUGAUGAACGUAAAAGACGACGUGGUAUAAACAUCGGGUGUUUUGAAAAUUCCUCUACGCUAGAUACUUUUCCUACUGGCCUUGCCAAGGAUGGGUCUGGCGUCCUCAACUCUUCAACGGCAGGCUCCGGGGUCGGGGCCAGCCGAUCCCAAUGA